AUGCUUAGCCCUACCACAGUGAUCAGUCUUGGAGUCUUGACCCUUGAGGCCAUUACUGGUUUGUGUUCUAAUUUUUUUAUAAUAAUUUCACUCAUUAUCUCUGCUUACAACGAGAAAUAUUUUGCACCCUACUCCAGGAUUCUGAUUGCUCUCUGCGUUUCCAAUGUUGGGUACACCCUAUUGAUGUCUGCAAACAUUGUCAUAGGGUUUGUUCACCCAUUAUUAUCAAGUGCACCUUUUGCCAUGUACAUUGUUAACUAUAUGACCUUAUUCAGCAUCAUCUCCAGCACAUGGCUUACGUGCUGCCUGUGCUUCUUCUAUUUUAUCAAAAUCGUGCAGUUUCAGCCCGGAUUCCUUGCUUGGGUGAAGAUGAAAAUAGAAACAAUACUACCUUGGAUGAUACUGACUGUGGAACUCAUCUCUCUGUCUGAGAGUUUCCUAGCUUUGCUUGUCUACGAUCAAGAAUCAGCUAACAACUCAACUAUGAGUAUGGAUGAGAUGACCUCAGAGCCGCACAAACUAAUCCUAAAUUUUACAAUUCUUGCCCUGAUACUAUUUUCGUUGCCUUUGUCGGUUUCAAUUUUAUCCAUGGCUGUCAGUGCUUGGUUUUUGAAGCAGCACAGCGGUCAUAUCGAGAGGAAUGUGAAAGUAUCGAAAGCUGGGGCGAAAGAUUAUCAGAGUGCUGUCCGGACUAUGUCCUGCCUUAUAUUGUUCUACGCGUUAAUGUACCUUGUUACACUUCUUUUAGGGCUACCAGUAUUUGACAGUCAGAGUUGGGGCUACUGGAUGUGUGUGAUGGGGCUCUUUUCUUUUGCUUUGGUGCAGUCCAGUCUCCUGAUCUCCGGUAAUCCCAAACUCAAAGCAGCUUGGAGACAAAUGUUUACCUGCAAAUGA